AUGAUACUGCCUAAUCUCACCCUCUCUCUGUCUCUGUCUGUCUGUCUGUCUGUCUGUCUGUCUCUCUCUCUCUCUCUCUCUCUCCUUAUUCUCUUUUUCUUUUUUUCUCUUCUUUUCUUUCUACCAUUAUUUAUUCUUUACUUUCCCUUUCUUUCAUUCGUUUCUCUUAUUCUGCUACAUUCUCUCAAUUUCUCUUUCUUGCUCUUCUCUCUCUCUCUCUCUCUCUAUAUAUAUAUAUAUAUAUAUAUAUAUAUAUAUAUAUAUCUUUUCCCUUCCUUUCUCUCUUUCUUUCUCUUCUCUUUCUUUCUUUUCCCUUUCUUUCACUUUUUCUUUCUCUUUUCUUUCUUUCUUUCUUUCCCCUUCCUUUCUCUUUUUUCUUUUCUCUUUCUUUCUUUACCCUUCCUUUCUCUUUUUCUUUUUCUUCUCUUUCUUUCUUUCCCCUUUCUUUCUCUUUUUUCCCUUCUCUUUCUUUCUUUUAACUUUCUUUCUCUUUUUCUUUCUCUUCUCUUUCUUUCGUUUCCUUUCCUUCUCUUUUUCUUUCUCUUCUCUUUUUUAUUUCCCUUUCUUUCUCUUUGUCGUUCUCUUCUCUUUCUUUCUUUUCCCUUUCUUUCUCUUUUUUCCUCUUCUCUUUCUUUCUUUUCCCCUUCUUUCUCUUUCUUCCUCUUCUCUUUCUUUCUUUUCCCUUUCUUUCUCUUUUUCUUUCCCUUCUCUUUCUUUCUUUUCCAUUUCUUUCUCUUUGUCUUUCUCUUCUCUUUCUCUCCCUUCUUUUUCUUUUCUUCUCUUUCAUUUUCUGCCUUUUCUUCUUCUAUCUCUUCUCCUUUUUCUUUCUCUUCUUUUUCUAUCUCUUCGCUUACUCUCUCUUCUUUUGCUUUCUAUUCUCUUUCUUUCUUUUCUCUUUCUCUUUUCUAUUUCAAUCUUUCCUCCUUUCUUUCCUUUUUUCCGCCUUUCUUUCUUUCUUUCUUUCUUUUUCCAUAG